GGGGCAGUGAAAGGAACGCUAGAGAGUCAGGAGAACCGCGCGCAUAUUGUCUGUGAGCUCAGUAUAAAGAGACGCAGUGUUGCCUCUUUUUCUCACAUCAACUGCAGGCAUCAGUUUAGGAGUAAACCACACGUCGGGAAUAGGCUACAGUGCUUUUACGUGACCGAGGACCGUUUUUCUUUGGGGUUUCGCGUGUUUUACUCAUUUUCUUUGAAGUCUUUUCUUUACCGUUACAAAUAUGAAGGAAAGGAGAAAUACGCAGCCGUUGGUGGUGAGAUGUAAACUGGUUCUUGUUGGCGAUGUUCAAUGCGGAAAAACGGCGAUUUUGCAAGUCCUCGCAAAGGAUUGCUAUCCAGAGACUUAUGUGCCCACGGUGUUUGAGAACUACACCGCGUGUCUGGAACUGGAGGAACAGCGCGUCGAGCUCAGUCUGUGGGACACAUCAGGUUCUCCCUACUAUGACAACGUGAGGCCUCUCUGUUAUAGUGACUCUGACGCGGUGCUCCUUUGUUUCGACAUCAGCCGCCCAGACAUUUUCGACUGUGGGCUUAAGAAGUGGAAGACAGAGAUCCUAGAUUUCUGCCCCAGCACACGCAUUCUUCUAAUUGGCUGUAAGACCGACCUGCGCACUGACGUCUGCACCCUGAUGGAGCUGUCCAAUCAGAAACAGGUCCCCAUCACCCAUGAGCAGGGUUCCUCUAUGGCCAAGCAGCUAGGCGCUGAGGCCUACCUGGAGUGUUCAGCAUUCACCUCAGAGAAGAGUAUCCACAGUGUGUUCCGGACGGCCGCUCUUGCUUGCAUCAACAAGCUCCAGCCGCUCCCCAAGACCAGCCCCACCCGACGUCUCUCGAAGAGACUCCUCCACCUCCCCAGCCGCUCCGAGCUGCUCUCCUCUACCUUCAAGAAGGAGAAGACCAAGAGCUGCUCCGUCAUGUGAGUGGAGACCCAGGGCGGGGCGUGUCACUCCCCUCCCACACGCUGCUCCAAUUCCCCAGAACCCCUGACUGUUUGGUUCGGGGAAGGGGGGGGGGGGGUGUUUCAUCACGAUGGCUUAAUCAAGAGUUGGCUCUUCUUCCAUGUUGAAUCCUUCCUCACCCCCCCUCAAAGUGAAAUCAAUUCAGAACAAGUGGACACCUUGUCCACUUUGUCCUGAAGUUCUCUUCAGUGCAUAUCUCAUAUUUUUCAGUACUGUAUCUUGGCUUUUUGAUCAUCAGCUAACCAUUGUUCUAACUUGUUACAGUAACGGUAUGCAACCAUGAUGGUGUGACAUCACUACUAUUUAGGCACAUGUUGAUUUGUCCAAAUUGGAAAAUGUGCAACAAGUGACAAAGUUUAAACUUUGUGAAGAAAAAAUGCCUCUCAAGAAAAUGCAUUGCCUAUUUUUCAAAACAAAUCUAGCAUGAAAAUAUAUCAGACAUUAUUGAACAUUGUAUCCCUCCUACACUGCAGAGUGGGAACUAUAAGGUGUAGCAACGUGAGCAAAUCGGUGUUCUCCCAAAAUGGUUUUGGGCUCUUCUUGAUUUAGGCCCAACGGGGGCUGAUUGAGAGAGGCGUGGAGAGAGGAGUGUUUGAUUUGACCACAGUGAGAACAGAGGGCCAUUACACAUCUCAUUGUCUCGCCUGUGAUAAGAGCAGCAGGUCUAGACAGACAGACAGAUGCCAGGCUAGACUGUGAGGUGUGAGCCAUCCGUGCUCUUCUAGGCUCUCAGUCAGUGGAGUACCAGGCUAAAGAGGCAAUGUACAGAACAGAUAGAUAAGGGAGCUUUGGGUUAAGCAAAUAAAAUAGGGAAGUAAAAAAACAACAAGUAAAUGUACUGGAGUGCUAGAAAUCCAGUUCUCUCCCAUCAUUUGAUAAAGAAGAAACCACUUCCAGGGAGUAGGGUAUUGUUCUUCCCUGGGCCAUAGACACAACAUGGUUUAAUGCAGAUCUGUCAAGAGAUCUGGGAACUUGCUUAUGGUAAUGGAUACCAGGUCAGUGUUGAAAAUCCCCUGAGGUGAUUCUUUAAAGGACUGUCUGUUUGCAACUAGAAUAUGAUGCUUUAAAACUGUCAGGAUGAGUCCACUGGGGAAAUGGAAUUUCCAGUUUACGGACCUACUACAGGAGAAAGAAAGUGUUUCAGUAUCACGUUAUUAGUAUUUUGAUCAGUGUUUCAGCUAAAUUCCUUUAGCAGCUUUAGGCCUGAAACCAGAUAUAAAGCAUGUAGAACAGAUAAUGGAGCUAUAUAUUUUUUAAUUAGAUCAACUUUGAUAACUAACAAUCACCUAAAUAAAAACGAGACAGUCAGGAAGAAUCAAAAAUUCAAGAAAUGUCAUGGCAUAGGCCCCUAUUGAUUUUGUUAUAAUGUUUGAGUCACUACGAUAACGUAAGAACACAGCAUAAGCCAUGACAAAAUGUGUAGAACUGCAGCAAAUUAACUUUAAAAACAGAAACAUUUGAUCUGCGGCGAAGAGGACGGCCUCUAAAAUGUUUGGUCGGGGGCCGCGCCAUUGGCCAUUCGUGUUGGGUUUCAUCACGAGGGCUUUAUCAAGAGAAGGAUUUCUUCCAUGUUGAACCCCCCCCCCCCCCAAAGUGAAAUCAAUUCAGAACAAGUGGACACUUUGUCCUGAAGUACUCCUUAGUGCAUAUCUCAUAUUUUUCAGUACGGUAUCUUGACUUUUUGAUCAUCAGCUAACCAUUGUUCUAACUUGUUACAGUAACGGUAUGCAACCAUGAUGGUGUGACAUCACUACUAUUUAGGCACAUGGUGAUUUGUCCAAAUUGGAAAAUGUGCAACAUGUGACCGUUUUUAUCUUGUGAAAACUUUUAUCCUCCCACCCCUACACACUAAAUUUGCCACCGCUGCUGAAAAAAAUCCUAGGGGAAACACUGUUGAUAACCAACAGAGAUGUGCAGUUUCUAUUAUGUCUUUAACAUCGUAUCCCCCAAGUUCAUCUUGAUUGUUGAAAAUAUAGCUGUUGAUUUAUUUCAUUUUCAACAAUCCAAUGUAGCACUCCAUUUCCUUUACUCUCUUACUCUUCCAAAAGGUUUCUUCUCAUCCUUCUAUUGCUCUUGUUCCUCCAGUAAACCUCCAGUGAGCAGCACUUAAGUCCCACCAACAUGGAGGACAGUCCAGUCCAAUGGGUCGCUAAACUAUGACCCCCUUUUUUUUUUGUUGCUUGAAUCUUUGGCUUCACGGUUCGAAAUGUGGGUGUACACUAUGGCAUUGAUCUAGCUCUGCUUUAGCAUAUCAAGCAAUAAUGAUCCAAGUUAUUGCGACGCAAAGUCAACUGAUCGAGUGGCAAUAAAAAAAUGCAGCUUUGGGAUCAGUUUGGGAGAUAUGUCAUGUGACAGCUCCAUGGACAAACAGUAGCCUAUGUACAGUAUGGCAAAACAAACUGAACCACCAUCAUUUCUGCUCCCGUCCCAUCUGUGUUUGCCCCUUUCUCCUCUUCUACCCGUCAGUAGCCACUGGUAUGUAGGGUAACCAAUGACAUGGCUUGCUGUGCCGCUAAACCAUUUUUUUUUUACAUUUGAGACUAAAGGUGAAUAUUGCUAUUUGAGGAUGUCAGUGAGUCUGCUAUCAGUUGUACAGUAUCGUUAGGAGAUGAGUGAGUGAAGGAAAUGAUCUGGUCUAAGACAUGAGGCUCCAGCCACUGUUGGCUUGUAGAAGCGUUUUGCAUUGGGGUGCGUUAUGUGGAAGCCUCCUAACUUUGAACAAUCGACUAACAAAUGCACAGGCUGGCCCUGUCCAAAGAUAGAUAUUUUUCCAUUAUUCCGUUUUUCUGGGUUUAUUGUGUUUUAAUUUUCGUAUUAAAGCGUGAAUUGAAUCCUUGUUUCGAUUUUGUGACUGAGACCGUGUUUGCUAACCUAUGUGGUGAGCUGCGGUAGUCAGUCAGUCACAGUGACUAGAGGAGUGAUUUGAUUUGCACAAAGGCUCUAGGUUCCUUGUUGGUCACACACUGGAAUUCCUCAACAACGCCUAGCAACAGUUCAACACAGGAAACCAAUCGAGACUCAGACUGGCUCCUCUGAGUCUCUCGGUUGGUUCGUAGCACAGAUAGGGAGUGAAGAGGGCGUAUCACAUAACAGGACAUAUCCACAUACAUUGUAACUCCAGGUUCUGCUUCUAUCUCAAGGGUUGAUCGGAAUUUGGAUUCAGAAUAUUUAGUUUUUCUCAAGUUUUCUAAUAGUUCCAAGCUCAUACAGGGGGCUCAGGUAUUGGAUACAGAAGCAUUUCAUGGACCAUAUCAGUUAAUAUGCAGCCAGCCAUUGUGUAGUACAGUCAGCGUGUGGUACAUUGAUGCAGUCUAACUCCUAGCAUGUCCUAUAACAGUUGUAUGAUUGUACAUAUCUUGUUUUAUAAUCUUUGUGAAGACAUCUUUAAAGAAUGUCGCAGGAAAAUGUUUGAUUCAAACAAUGAAAGACCGAUAUCUUGUUGUUGAUGUGAAUAUUUAUUUGAUAGCUAUUAUUGCUAUUUUCUUUUCUUUUUUUUUUCUUUUUGGUUGACAUGUAGUUGUUUGAUAUGUAUUUUGGACAUUGGACUUUCUUUCCUUUUCUUUUGCUCUGCUAAUAAAGCUUGUCAUGACUGGCACCUUGA